UUCGGUUUCUUUUUAAAUUCAACGGUGUCUGUAUCGCUCGUCGUAUACCGGAUUACACGCAAAGCGACAGCUGAGGCAUUCUGCAUUCGGUGCGCUACGCCCAGGCACACCGAACACAUAUGCACAUCGACUUUAUUCCUCCUUACCUGUAUUAUAUCUUAUGGGAUUGUUUACACUUGGCGAAGCACACGGAUCAAUAAUCGUCGCUUUCACGGCGCUGGAUAUUACUCCGUUUUCGCUCCUAUAAGAGAUCUCACAGCGACGGAUACUUUCAUCCGCAAGUCCAAAUCGAUCUUACUCCACAUUAGCUUACAAGACAAGUUGUUUUUUCUUUCAUUUUUUUUCCUCGACUCGCUGCUCGAGUAGAUCCGUAGCUUUCGCACGAUCCGCCAGUCAUUCGCGUGAAGCGUUAAUUGAGCUGUGGGACAAGGAGAAGCUAACUCGCUCGCUAAAUCGCUGCAAUAUAGUUCGCCCCAUCGCAUCACCCCAUGCCAUUUAAAUGUCGUAGCGCGUAGCGUGUUUAUUUAAAUUUUAUAUAUCGAUCUCACGAUAUCUGCCAUAUAUCCAAGCUCAUCUCCAAACUCUCUUACGCUUUUUUAUACAAACACAUAUUGGAUCGCGUAACGAGAUAUGCGACCUGUGCCUCGCGGCAAGAUAAUGGAGGGUGUCCUGUCCUCUCGGGGAGGAGUGUUUCAAACUGAUUAAAAUAAAAUGAAACAAAGCGAUAUAUUUUCAAGUGUCAUCCGUAAAAAUUAAUCGUCAGAGAACGAAUAUGUGUUAUGCGGGAGAAUGGCACUUCAUCGGGGAGUUUUUAUUUAGUCGUAACACUUUUUCGAAAACACACCGAAUAUAUAUACCGUGCGGUCUGUCGUGAUUUUAUCGCGGGGCACAGAAGUGCAUGGUGAUAAUGCUCCGUCCAUUCGCUCGGAUGCGUAUCGUACGAUCGGCGGAAGCGACGUUCGCGAUUAAUCCAUUAUUUAUUGACGUUCGAUCCAUUGACGCGUGCGACAUGUGCGUUCGAGAGAAUCGAUGAGUCUCAGAAUCAUCUUAUCACGACGCUCUUAUCAUUCCCGCACCCUCUUUCCCUCUCCCUCUCCUGUGGUCCCUCAUUCAUUAAUGAUCCGCCCACACCGCUAAGUAUAUUAUCCCGGUAAAUUAAAAUGAAAGCGAAAGCGAAUUAACCACAAAGCAACAAAAAAAAAAAAAGAAAAGAAAAGAAAAGAAAAAGAGAAAAGUAAGAAAAGAAAAUACAAAGCCAGCGAUCCUCGGUUCACGGCGACCGAUGUAAUUAAUCGAUUUCUUUUGUUCUGUUCCGGUCGACGUGUUAGAUGGUCCGACAAAUGUGAAGGUCAACAUCUUUCUCCGCUCUAUCAGCAAAAUAGAUGAUUAUAAUAUGGAAUACUCCGUACAAUUAACAUUUCGGGAACAAUGGUUGGAUGAGAGAUUACGGUUUAAUGACUUCGGAGGUAAACUUAAAUAUUUAACCCUGACGGAAGCUAGCCGCGUCUGGAUGCCAGAUUUAUUCUUUUCGAACGAGAAGGAGGGUCACUUCCACAACAUCAUUAUGCCGAACGUAUACAUACGAAUUUUCCCGGAUGGCUCGGUUCUUUAUAGCAUACGGAUAUCCUUGACGCUCUCGUGUCCCAUGAAUUUGAAACUGUAUCCCCUGGAUCGACAAACUUGCUCACUUCGUAUGGCGAGUUACGGAUGGACGACGAACGAUUUGGUCUUUCUCUGGAAGGAAGGCGACCCCGUUCAAGUGGUUAAGAAUUUACACCUACCCAGGUUCACCCUUGAGAAAUUCCUCACGGACUACUGUAAUAGCAAGACAAACACUGGAGAGUACAGUUGCUUGAAAGUGGACCUGCUCUUCAAGAGAGAGUUCAGUUACUAUCUCAUUCAAAUCUACAUCCCAUGCUGUAUGCUCGUUAUUGUGUCCUGGGUGUCUUUCUGGCUGGAUCAGAGCGCUGUGCCUGCCCGGGUGUCACUAGGCGUUACGACACUGCUGACAAUGGCCACACAGACAUCGGGGAUAAACGCCUCACUGCCACCGGUCUCCUACACGAAGGCUAUCGACGUUUGGACAGGAGUGUGCUUGACCUUCGUGUUCGGUGCACUACUCGAAUUCGCGCUGGUCAACUACGCGUCGCGUAGCGACAUGCACAGCGACAACAUAAAGAAGCAGUUUCCAACGAACGAGAUGGAACAUUCGUCGUCGAUUGAUCCGACUUCGGAAUUGCUCGAGCCGGAUGGAUCCGCCAACUUCGCUAUGAAGCCUCUGGUCCGACACCCGGAGGAUUCCAUGUCGAUGGAUAAAUUGCAGCAGUGCGAAUUACAUAUGCAACCACGGAAAAAAAACUGCUGCAGGUCGUGGCUGUCCAAGUUCCCGACGAGGUCCAAGCGCAUCGACGUCAUUUCACGGAUCUUCUUCCCAAUCGUAUUCGCUUUCUUCAACCUCACGUAUUGGUCCACGUACCUGUUUCGGGAGGACGAGGGGCAAGAAUAAAUCUCGAGGGGAAGGCGCUCGGAUCAACAAGGGAAGUGGCUCGCGGCCAUCCUCAGCAACAACAGUUCCAACA